AGAACACUGCCAUCAAUGAGCCAUUUAUUUCUUUGAUGUUACCAACAUUCUUAGUCUUUUCAUAUCAAUCGUGAUUCAUGAUAUUGGAUAUUUGAUAAUGUCCAAUCAGGUCCACAAUGUGGACGAUAACGAAUCAAACAUACGACAAGAAUUACAAGAACAUCUUGCUCAACUUAAAGCAAUCAAAGAACAACAACAACUAGACGAUAACGAGGAACUUGGUAUACUUAAAUCAAAUUUGGAAGAGCUAUGUCGAUUACUUGAAGAUGAAUUGCUAAGUAUUGAAAAACGCAAACUAUUGAAAGAUUUGAAUAUUGAAGACGAUGAUGAAAAAAUCGAAAAAGAAAAGCCUCCAUCAAUUAACACCGAAAUUGAUGAUAAUCCACUAAAUCAAUUCGAAUGUUCAGUUCCAUACCGGUUUCAAAAUGGCCACAUUGAAUAUCAUGAUGCCUUGGUAAUUGUCGAAGAUGAUGAAAAUAAUGGUGAACAUGAGCAUAAAGUUCGAUUGAAAGCAUUUUUUCUUUAUCCAGUUGAAAAAUCCAUGCAAACUUGUCCAUUUUAUCUUCGGGAUUGCUGCCGAUUUCAAGAUAAUUGUAAAUCCUCACAUGGCUUUCCCAUAGCUUCAAUCGAUCAAGUUCGAUCUAAGGUUUCAAUCAACCUAUUCAGUGAUGAAGAUAUUGACUCAUCAAAACUUGGCCAAUUAAAAAAUUGUCUCGUUCAAGACCACGAAGAAAACAUAUGGCAAAAAGCUGAAAUCACUGAUACAGACCUUAAUAAAGAACGAAUUCUUGUUCGAAUCAAUAAGGAUAAAAGUGAGAAAUGGAUUCAUUUUGAAAGCUUGGUUUUGUUACAAAAUGUAGAGCCUGAAAAUUCACAUGAAGAACUUACAACAGGUUCAUCCAAUCAAUCUAUGGACUUUCAGAUUCCAGACUUAACUUGUACUGAAUUCGGUGAAUGGGAAAGAUAUACCAAAGGUAUUGGGUCGAAAUUGAUGGCUAAAAUGGGCUAUGAACAAGGUCGUGGACUAGGUCGACAAUCACAAGGAAUCAUCAAUCCAAUCGAGCAAAUUGUCUAUCCACCUGGGCGAUCAUUAGAUCACUGUAUAAAGCUUAAACAAGAACAUGAACGGAAAAAGCAGGAUUGGAGAGAAAUUCUUAAAGAAAAAAAUAAAAAAUUAAAAUUCGAAGCCAAACUUUCUGACCAAUAUGAUCGUAUCGAAAAACAAAAAGGCCGCGCUAAAUCAAUGUUUGAAUUUUUAAAUAAUCGACUUAACCAAAUUCAUGCUUCAACAGAAUCUAAAAGUCCAUUAGCCAACAAUCGAUCAUUUAAAAACCUGGAUCAACGAAGCCUUAAUAUUGCUUCAUUCAAAUCCGAACAGGAUUUGCAACGAGCACAAGUUGAAUUGGACAAAAUGCAGCGAAUGCGUAGCCGUCAUUAUGUUUCCAAUCAAUCGAAUGUUGAUCAAAAUGCCGUAUUAAUGAAAAAUGACUACGAAUCGUCCAUAGAACGACAGCAAAAUAUAGUGUCACGAUUACGAAUUGAAAAUGAAGCGAUCAAAAAAGAAAUCAAAUCCAGAUCCGAACGAAGUAAAUUGAUUAAUUUUUGAAUGCAACUAAAACAGGGAAAAGAAUCGAAAUUUCAGUUCGAUAACCUAAAUCUGAACAACAAACAACUCUUGCCUUGUCAGUUUUCCAUCGUUUAUGUGUAUUUAUACGAUAAUCUGUGAUUGAUAGAUUCAAUUGGCCGAAAUGUGAAGAAUCCACAUUACAGCCAUGGACACACAAACACACACACAUAAAAAAAUAAAUGAUUGUAAAAUAACGUUUUCUUUGAUCAUUCAGCUAUACGAUUGCGUGUAAAUUACACGAAACAAGAACAGACAUUGAUAGAUAAUAAAAUCAAAAUUCAUUUCAAUUUCA